AUGGCUGCCUCUCCUGAGCUUUCCUUCAACCAGUCAUCUGCCAACAUAGCAGAGAAACAAGUCGACAUUGCUAGCGAUUUGGAGCCAGGGGAGAAGUUCCGUCCUGGUUACCAAGCUGACGACACCUCGUCUGACACUGUCGCCGAGGGGGUAGACCAUACAGUUGUUCAUAACGUGGAAUCGCAGCACGGCUACUACGAGACGAGAGAUGUGACGACCAGGCACGGCCAAGCCAAGACGUGCAAGAUAGUCUGCUUCAGCACCAAUGACCCGACCAACCCCAAGAACUGGUCCAAAGCGCGAAAGUGGACCGUCACUCUCACGUUGAGCUGGGUAUGCUUCUCCGUAGCGUUUGCCUCAGCCGUCAUAACUCCGGGCAUCGCCGGCGUUGUUGAGCGCUUCGAUACGUCGAGUGAAGUUGCUUUACUGACAGUGACUCUCUUCGUGUAUGGCUUUGGUAUUGGACCUCUUGUCUUCAGUCCCUUGUCGGAACUCUAUAGAAGACGCAUCAUCUAUGUACUGACAUUUGGCGUUUCGGUUAUUUUCAUAAUCCCAUGUGCCGUCGCUAAGAAUAUCGAGACGUUGCUAGUGUGUCGGGCCAUUGAUGGCAUUGCUAUGAGUGUGCCCGUUGCAAAUAUUGGCGGUAGUCUUGCGGACAUGUGGCGACCUGAAGAACGCGGAGUUCCCAUGACAGCGUUCAGUGCUGCACCUUUCUUGGGACCGAUCAUGGGCCCGCUGGUUGGCGGCUUCGUGUACGAGAACAAGGGAUGGCGUUGGCUGUACUGGCUACAACUCAUUAUCUGCGGUUUUCUAUUUGUGUGUCUCGUCGUCCUUGUCCCCGAAACAUAUGCCCCUGUCAUUCUUGAAAAGAGAGCCAAGAAGCUACGGAAGCAGACCGGGGACGAUAGCUACAUUGCGGAACACGAGCUUGCUCAGCACACGUUUGGAGAAAUUGCCCAGAUAUAUCUUGCCCGCCCUCUCAGGCUGCUGGUGACAGAACCAAUUGUCACGCUGUUCGCCAUCUAUGCAGCUAUACUGUAUGGCCUUCUUUACAUGUUCUUCGUCGCGUAUCCGAUCGUCUUUGAAGAGGGCAAAGGCUACUCGGCUGGAAUUUCGGGACUCAUGUUUAUUCCCAUCUCAGGAGGCAUUGUCGUCGGCCUCGCCGGUGCACCCUUCGUAAACGCACACUACAACAAACUUCGGUCCCAGCACACUGGCCUUCCACCACCUGAGCUCCGCUUGAUCCCGAUGAUCUGGAGUUGCUGGUUAAUCCCCAUUGGUGUCUUUAUCUUUGCCUGGACUUCUUACGAUGACCUGACGUGGGUCGGACCAUGCCUCGCCGGUCUUCCAAUUGGCAUUGGAUUCGUUUUUCUCUACAAUUCAUUCAACAACUAUAUUGUAGAUGCAUAUCAGCACACAGCGGCUUCGGCGCUCGCGGCCAAGACGCUUGUUCGAUCUAUUUGGGGUGGAUCGACAGUUUUGUUCACCACGCAGAUGUAUCACAAUCUAAAUCCUCGAUGGGCAUCAACUCUACUUGGCUGCCUUGCUUUAGCUUGCUGCUUCAUUCCUAUUGCCUUCUAUAAAUACGGGGCCGCCAUUCGCAAGCACUCGAAAUAUGCAUACUCGGGGGAGUAG